CCCUCGACGCAUGCGCACUGCUCGGUGAUCUAGCUCCGGGCUGACGGCCAGUACAGGCCCUAUCAUCAUCGCGAACACUAGUCAUCUGCGUCCUCACACACAUCAAACUCACAUUCUAUGUAUAUAAGCAUACAGGCUCUGUUGUUAUGAUGUAAAUAGGACUUAUUGAAGUGACAAGUACAAGGAGAAUUGCAGUUUGCCAGUGCUGUAGUGGUUUGGCUUGUAGUGUUGCCCGCCGUCUCUCACCGCGCGAUCACUCGAGAGCACCGGCUCCUGUUUCACUUCCAGCAUCGCGCUCACGUCGACAACAUUCCACACCAAAUGGAACGUAGAUACGAUGCCGAGGAAACGUGAGAAGAUUCAGGAUGGCUGAGAGCAUGGAGGUGGUGGUGUGGUGAGGUGGCGGUGGAGGUGGUGGUGGUGGAGGCCGCUGAGACGGUGGUGCCGGCUGGAUGAGACCUCGCUCGGCCCCCGACCACCAGAGCCAGAGCCAGGGCAAGGCUCGGCCAGUCCGGGUAUGCAGGCAUUCCGGGCAUCCCGUCUCUCUCUAGCGCCAGGACCGACUUAUUGCGCAUUCUUCGGUCGCCCCAUCCUACUCAACAAACACCAAUAUAUUUAUAUCGUACCCACCCCCACCGCUCGUCGACACAUCUGUUUUCACUUAGCACCCCCCUCUUCCCACAAUUCACGCCGCCAAACCACCCUGCGUCCUCCCCCCCGUGACUUCGCGCUCCACGGGUGACUGUUGUCAAAACUAAACUUAUGUCGCUAAACUUUAUUUAACUUUGCAUUCAUUUGGUCAUUUUGAAUCUCGUUGUCUCAGAUUUCGAGUUAUAUCGGGCAAAACGGGUCGUGCUUAGAUACUUGACAAUGUCUACCAAGGCAUUAACGUAACAUGUAUCUAAUCUGUCGAUGUUAUAACAAAUUAUUACGUAUGUAUCGUUCGUGAGAAGUCACAAUAAAAUUAAUCGUAGUAUAUAAGGUGUUGUGUAUUGUUACCUCUCUCUGUCCAAAUCAAGACAGCAAUAUUCUUGUUGGAACGAGAGCUAAGUGUAUCCCUGAAGUUCUAGUUUAGAAUCGUGAAUGUGUUGAACUUGUAAAGUACAUAAUUUUUUUUCAAGAUUGCCUUCGAAUCACAAUAACUACAAGUGUAGCCAGUAAUUUUGUACAUUUGUGAAACUGCUAAUCGUCGUCUGCUCGCUGGACCAAUAACUGCGAUCUAUUCCGCGUUGACUCCUGCUGGCCAGACUCACGUGAUUAGAUGACAGUAGUUGUAUCGAUGCGACGAACUGUUUGAUGUUGUGAGAAUAUAGAUUGAUUUUGCUUGUUUUUGUAAAAUUCUCUCGGGUGAAACGGGUCUAAAGGAAUCGUACAAUCGAGAACUGUGAACUUUUUAUGGAAUAAUGUGCCUAAGUAAUGCAUUGAUGUUAUAGACUAGAUCGCUAAUUAUGGAUUUGUUGUUGGAUGGUUUGGGCGGUGACGGGGGGGAAAGGGGCGCCAACCACAGCAGCGACCUCCUGUUCCGCUUCGACGAAGACUACGUGGUGCUACUGAACGGCGAGCAGGCGCACAACCUGAGCCUGGUGGGCGGCAACGAGUCGCUCGGCAACAACACACUCGACCUGAAUGGUACCUACAUCAUCCUGCAGAGCGACUCGCUCUACCCGAGUGGCUACAGCACGCCACACAUCAUAGUCGCCUCUAUAGUGGUCACCCUGCUCAUGGUCGUUGUCGUUGUCGGCAACAUGCUUGUCAUCAUUGCCAUCGUUACCGAGAAAGCGCUGAAAAACAUUCAGAACUGGUUCAUCGCCAGCCUGGCCGUCGCUGACUUCUUUCUCGGUCUAGUUAUAAUGCCUUUUUCGCUGGCUAACGAACUCAUGGGGUACUGGAUAUUCGGCAACUGGUGGUGCGACAUUCACAGCGCCAUGGACGUGCUGCUGUCAACGGCGUCCAUCAUGAACCUGUGCCUAAUCAGCCUGGACAGGUACUGGUCCAUCACGCAGGCGGUCGACUACCUCAAGAAACGAACGCCGCUUAGGGCCGCCGUCAUGAUCGCACUCGUCUGGCUCAUGUCAGCCGGCAUCUGCAUCCCACCGCUGCUCGGCUGGAAGGUGCAGAGGCCAGAGGAGGAGUUUCCCAAGUGUGAGUUGAGUAAAGACUUGGGCUACGUGGUUUAUUCGGCGCUGGGUUCGUUCUACAUCCCCAGCUGCAUAAUGGUCUUUGUCUACAUAAGGAUCUACUAUGCAGCGAAGGCGAGAGCGCGGCGAGGCAUUAGAAAAGCACAAACCAGUUGUUGUUUGUGGUGUUGUUACAGGGCCCGACCCGAGGCGAAGCACCCAGCGCCACCGUCCGUCACAAGUCCUGUCGACAGAAACUCCAAUUCUCCAGUGCCAAUACCCAUAGAAAGUAAGCCACCACCCAUCCCCAUAGUCACGUGUGACUUCGCCUCGGACAUUUCGACCAGCGACAACGCCGAAGGCCCCCAGGACCCCGGAGGAGGGGGAGGGGGAACGAUAGCUACUCUUGAAAUACAAAAAGAUACCCUUAAGGUGAUGUCAAGCUCUUCAAUGAAGGGCAGCAUGCCAGUGACGGGGUUCCGGGGGUCGACACUGUCGGUGAACGGUGACGUAGCGGGGACGGGGCGUGGCCGGGCGCCCAGCGUGGGCAUCGACCCAGACAUGGUCAGCGAGUUCGACCCGAGUUCCUCGGACUCGGGAGUCGUGUCUCGGUGUGCCGUCGUCAAGCCACUCAAGCUCAGGUUCUGCAAGCCCAUCUUUGGCCGAAAGUCAUCGUCCAAGGCCAAACGUGAGGUGAUCGAUAUGGGUCGGAUAAGCGGCAGUCCAGUGCCAGAUGGCGGUGGGUCGGAGGGGGUUGCGGCAGUGGCGCCGCCCAAGAUUCAGAAGCCGCGCGACCCCGAGCGAGAGAAGCGGCGGUUGGCGCGCAAGAAGGAAAAGCGGGCCACCCUCAUUCUCGGACUGAUCAUGGGCUCCUUCAUCGCCUGCUGGCUGCCUUUCUUCUCGCUCUACAUUCUCACGCCUAUUUGUGAGGUGUGCCAGGUGCCGCCACAGGCGUUUGCCAUAGCCUUCUGGCUCGGCUACAUGAACUCCGCCCUCAACCCGGUCAUCUACACAAUCUUCAACAAGGAUUUCCGCAGAGCCUUCCGCAGGAUACUAUUUAAGUAGCGGGAGUAUCUUCUGCCAUAACUAACGCACGCUUUUAAUUCCCGACUGCCACUUCACUUCAAAUUCAUCCCCAUCAGCUCAUCACACUAAUAAAAUGCAUUUUAUUGUUCGUGGAUCACAUCAUCUUGUGUUCUAAUUUUCUCUAAUUGUAUUUCCAAUAAAAAAAAACAUCAUCAUAAAUUAUGGAGUUUUCAACGUGAAACGUUCAUAGGAAACUUCUUCUCGAGACGACCAACACAAUAAAUUGAAAAACCUCUUAAUCAAAUUGAAAUAGAUUUAUGGUCGCAAUAGCUCAAGCCUCAAUCAAUAAUAAACAAUGAAAAUCUGACGGCCAAUAUACAAAUCCAAUAACUGAAUCAAUAAAUCCAAAAAAGAAUUAUUCAUCUAUCAAUUCAUUCAUUGGGUAUGUUUAUGGUCUUCAUAUUCAAAAAUUGAUCAUAAACAAAUUCAACAUUAUUGUACGAAAUACAAGAUUCACAGUCACAGGUUUCAGCAAUAAAUACAGUAAGUUUAGUCAUAUUAUUGUGAUCCUUGUUUGGAGCAGAACAUUUUCUAGAUAAAUAGAGAUAGGAUGAUUCACUUACUUCCAGAUAGAGUAUUAGGCUGGGGUGCCUACAAGUAAUAAAAUCUAGAUGAGAGGUCUCAAAAAAGUCAGCAGUAUUUAGAAGAAUGCCGGCCGACGGCAUUAUUUUGGAUUUCAAGAAGGGAGAGGGGGGUUCCCCUGUAUUAGAAAUUUAUUCAUUUGUCAUGUUUAUUAAUCAAUUCAUACCAAACUGACUAUGUCGUCAAGGCCCUGGCCUACAAUAAUGCAACGUCACAGUGUAAGCCUAGAAUCUGAUACAUGAUUGGUGAAAAAGAUCAGCUGGUAUUUUUUUUAAAUCUUUUCCACCAAUCAUGUAUUAGAUUCUAGGCCUACACUGCGACGUUGCAAUAUCGUAGGCCAGGGCCUUGUAUUAGAGGUGAUUAUGGUCAUACAGAACAAUAGAAAUACAACUCACAUAUUAAUUACCAUAUAUUAAGCAGUUGAGUUCUAUGUAAAUUAUUUCUAGAAAUAUCUAGAAACGUAUUAUUCCAGGAAAAUAAUAGGAGAUAAAUUCAUGGUGACGUGAUUUUUUACAUUACUACUCUUACUCCCAGGGCCAUCUCUAUCUAAGUUUAUAUUUGGCAGCAUUUGGCAACAUUAUAUAUUUUUAUAUUUGGCAACAAACUGUCUCCACGUAAUUAGCUCCUGAGCAUCUUUUUCUAUCGCUCCAAGCAUCUCUAUGCCAGUCUUAACCUGUUGCCACCAUCUCUGGCUGGGUCUCCCACGGGGUCUUCUUUCUGGAGGGUUGGGUGCUAAAACAUUUCUCAGAUUGGACUCUUCUCCUCUCCUGAGUACGUGCCCGACCCAUUAUAAUCUCAAAAUUUUCAACCAUCAAAAUUUAAAAAUCUUAGUUUUCGUUGUUUUUGAGUGAAAAUGGACUAAAUUUUAGUAAAGUGAAAUCAUAACCCUAUUUUGGACUUUUAAAAUGUUACCUAUCCAAAUUUGCGAGAGAAAUAGUACAAGGAGAAUCCUUAGUUUUCCUCUCCCGAUCAGUGUUACUUUGUAGAAAAUAUAAAUAAAUAAAUAAAUGAACUCCUACAUUUCAUUUAGCUUACAAUGUAUGGGUUAUUGUAGAGGUCUCUGAUUUCCUUAUUAUGUUUCCUCCUCCAUUUUCCUUGAUCGUACCUGGGCCCAUAUAUAUCUUUCGCAGCACUUUCUUUUCAAACACUAUGAGCUUUUGUUCUUCUUUCUUGGUCAUUUUUCAAGUUUCAGACCCGUAAAGUACUACUGGAUUUAUAAUUGUUUUGUAUAGUCUGAGCUUUGUUUUGUGGGAUAGGGACUUUGAAGAGAGUGAUUUGUUGCAGGCAUAAUACAUACACCUGUUCACUACUGAUAAUAAGAAAACAAAGGUACCUGUUUAUUGAGUUUUCCCCACUUUCUAUCUCUACAAUAUCCAAAUUUUUACGUGAGAUUGUUAUUCCUAGAUUUUGGAAUAGAAAAAAAUCAAUUUUUCACAUUGAUUAAUUCAAACUGCUAAAAUCAUUCUUGUCUGAGAAAUCAUCAUUCUAUCUAUCUUUUCGGAAAAUAGAUUUGAACUUUAACCGUAGGUGGGAUUGAAGAAUUUUAUACAAGAAUUUUUUUGUUGUGCCUUUCGUGUCAGAUGAGAUUGAAGAACAAUUAUUAUUUGUAAAUUAUUUUGUAUAAAUUAUUUGUCUAUAAAUUAUGAUGUUUUCGAAAUUCGAGCCUUAUUCCCUCAACUUAUCAUUCCUUCAUUUGAUGUCAUUACUGAUGAGUAGGCCUAAUUACAGAAUUUUGUAAUUAUUAUUGCUGAUGUGUACCUUUACAAUGUAAUGCAUCUCAAUCAUCAAAUUGUCUUCUAAGCUGUAAUGGAGUUUGAAAGUGACGUGAAGUGGCAAAACAAAGACAUUAUACUAAUUAUACUAGGAAAAUUGUUGAAAUCCGUGAGAUAUUUUCUACUUCCCUUUUUAUAAGCAACAAUAUAUUUUUAUCGAUUUCUACGGCUAUGUAAAGCAUUUAUUUCAACAUGUGUGACAAGGUUUUGGUGUUUUAUUUUACUCGAAAAUGUAAGAUAUUGUUAUAGUCGAAUAAUGUUAAAGCAUUGUUUUGAGCAAUUAGGAGUUACCGAAUACCGUUUUGUGUAAGUAAUAUUCUAUGUGGAGGUCUGCUUCACAAACGUUAUAGAUCUUUCAUGUAGAUAUUAAAAGUUUUAUUGGAAAUUUAUACUUGACAAGUUGAACUAUAGUUUUCUCUGAAGACACACAUGUGUUGAUAGCUUUCACUCAGUUUUCAUAACUUAAAAACAUGUCUCCCAAAAAAAUGAAGGCAAUAUCAGAAAUUCGAAAAUAUUAGCGUUUAAGGCAAAAAAACAUUGAAUUCAAUUGCUUGAACAAAUUUCCCUUGAUGCUUGCUUCAAAUAUUUUUACUGAAUCGAAAUAUUUUCCAUGAAAACCGGUAUGGUUUUCACAAUUUUUGAAGGUACUUUCCGAUUAUCAAUAAUUUAGAUAUUGUGCGAGUAUUAUUCUACGAACUAGGGGCCAAUUAUUGUGUAUAUUUGAGAUUUUUAUAAUGGAAAAUGCAACUUUGUAUUGGAGUUUAUUGAUUUUUUCAAUUAUACUGUUAGAUAAAGUAUUGAAAGUUUUAAUUUAGAAUUAUGAAUUAUCUUCAAUUCUAAUUUAAUAGAUCAUACUGCUAAUAAUAUUCUGUACUGAAAGAGCUGAAGAUCAGCUCUAAUCAGUAAUCACCUCCAUUCUGUAGGCUAUUCAUUCACAUAUUUAUGAUGUCUUAUUCUCUAGUUGAUCCUGUAUUUUCCAGGAAUAACUUUUGUAGGCUAAGCUCUUCUAACACAAGGGAAAAAUUCAAUGUAACUUCUACUCCAUAAUGGCUACCGACAAUAUUUAAUGAUGGUCAAGAGCAAUAUUGCUUUCUUUGGAUGCAAAAAUGUUAUUACUAGAGAAAGCUAUUGACACCAACAACCAAUUAUCUGAUUUCUUGAUCUUGAUGGAAAUUUUUCAGAUUUGAUACUUUUGAAAAUGGUUUUGCCUGAACAAUCAAAUCAAAAAAUAAUGUUAUCUCGUUUGCCAUUCAUAUUUAUAAUUCAAGCUCCGGGUGACAAAACUUUUCCUUUGCAAUGAAUAGUACAAACGAUAAGUUCACAGACCGAGCAACUGGAAAUUAAUUUGGGGUUGAAUUCUUCACAAGUAAUAUAAUUUUUCGAAAUAAAUUUGAAAUUUUUGGUUGUGGAUGUAGUUUGUUAUGUGUCCAUGGUUUAAUAUUUCAAGCUACUAGUUCGAAUAGUUGCAAUUAUAGUUCUAGUUCCAAGCUACCGGCCAGGAUAGUUAAGACGACUAAGGCGUUGCACCCUUCAGUCUGCUAGGUUACCAGUGCUCGUGGGUUUGAAUCCCGCCGAUAGACGUGGACGUUCAAUCAUCUCAACAAACCACCCUCGCACUUUCCCACCCACAAGAAAAAACUCAUUUGGCCAUCAUUCACGAUUGAAAAAAAAAUAAAGUUGUAAAAACUAAUUUCUCAUGAUGCUUUUGGUGUGAAUGUCAUUCUUAUAUCCAUGUACAUGAGUAAUGCUUAUGAUAAAGCACUGACUCUAGGAAAUCCAGAAUUCCAUCCCCAGAUGUAAAAGAAUGAGUUGCCCAUCCCUUCCUUCAAGAAUUGAAGUUAAUCUCUCGUGCUUGAAAACUACUUCUUAUAAACUUUCGAAAAUGAUUCGAAUUCCCAGUGAUUGAAUAUUAUCUCACUAGAAGUUUGUUCCAUUAUCAGUUUCCGUGGAAAUUGGGAAAUUUCUUAUUAAAUCUGAAACAGUAAAUAAGCCUUUUUGUGAGGAAAUGAGUCAUUUCUAUUUUGAUUUGAUCGAAUGAAUUCAUGAAACAAUUUGAUGAAGAAUAAGCCUCUAAUUUCCCUCCGUGUCUGGAUGAAAAUGAUCAAUUCACGAUCCAAUCAAAUAAUUUUUUAUGUAUAUUGUAUUCAUAUAAAUCAAGUCUAUAUGGAUUAUUCUUUUCAUUAUAUUUUCUAUAGUAUUCACUUCUAUGUUGAGCAAGAGUGAUUGCAUCUUUCCUCGUCAUAUAACAACCUUGAUUAAUAAACUUAUACUUUACUUGGGUACAUAAUUUAUUAUGUAAACUGUAAUUUUUGCUAAUAAAACUGUUGGAAAAGUUUUGUCUCGGAUCCCAGAUUGAAUGCAGUUGAAGUUUGUUAUUAGAGUAGGUAAGUUUCGUGCUAGUAGGUGAGAAUUUCAAGUUUUAUUUUUGUACUAUGGAACAGAAAUCCAAUACUUUUUGUCUUGUACAGCUGUAUGUGAAUAAAUAUUGCCUUAAAUAAAAUACUACAAUAAUGCUCGUAAAUACAAUUUCGUCUCAUGGAAAUAUUGCAACCUUCUCAUAAAUACUCGUUUCGUCUGUAUAUAAAUACUAAUUAUGAUAAUAAAUCAUUACUAGAUUGUAAAUUUGUGAAUUGAAGUUGCAUAUAUUAACAUAAUAUAUUAUCUUUCGAAUACUCAACAAUAUUCUAACAUGUAUAUAGUUCUGUCUUCCACAUAAGUAUGUAAUAUACAAAUUAUUAUUAAAUAUUUAUAACUUGUUUGAUUUUGAUUUUGUGGGUAAUUGAGUUCUCUCUCUUGAUAAAUGAAAAAUCUUGCAGAUCCAAUAUUGAUUAGUUUUAAACUGGUUUCCAAAACUAAAACACCAAAAAGUAAAGGAGAUUUCUCUUUUCAAAGACUAAGAAGGGGUUGCUUCACUCAUGGAAUGGAAUAUCCAUGUAUAGAGCAAUACUGAUUCAAAUAAUGGUAAUUCUUUGAGAGAUUAUAUUCACUGUUAUAGUAAAGAAGGUUAUGCUUCUAUUUUUUGGUUUAGAAUGAAUAUUUUGUAUUGUAAAUGGUACAGAGAGCCAUCUAUGUGAUGGAGAUGGAUUGUUUCUUCAGUCAAUUCCAAAAUCAUCCAAUUUGGGAUGUAUCCCAUCAAUUUUUGAAACUAAAAAUGAACUCAAAUUUUUAAAACAAAAUAGACACCAAUUUUUAAAACUAAUUCUUGAUCCUAAAAUAGAAUUUCUGAAUCUAAUUUUCAAUAUCCUACUUUCAACCUAUUUUCAAGACUUUUUAUAUUUAAUCAAGUUUAUCAUGAUUAUAAUUUAUUAAAAUAAUAAUCAAUUACAUUGUAAUAAUUUUGUUCUUUUACAUGCUCACAUGGGAAUGUAAAUUUAAAAACAAAUACAGUACAAGAUAAUUCACUAAUACCUCAUCUAGCAUACGCAUUAUGCCAAUGUUCAAAAAUACAACGAAUCCUAAUUCAUGUAAUAGUAGUAGAUGAUCAGUUCAGUAACUGAGUGAAAAAAUUCACUUGAGAACUAGGGAAAAUAUAUUUAUUUUCUGAUCCAGUCUUAGUCAAUCACUCGAAAUUAUUGUAAUCAAUUGAUUAUUGAGAAUAAUAAUUGUUGAUGUAGAGAUUUUGAAAUGUUCAUGCGAGAUUGUGAGGAAAGAACGUUACUAUUGAAGCUUUUCAAUAAUUAUUAUUCAUAACUGAUUCUCCACUGAAGAUUUUAAAAGUUAGCUUUUCAUUUUGGGUUCAACUUUAUAUAGAAAAUCAAAAUUUGUGUAUCCAUUCGAUGGUUUUCUUGAUAAACAUCGGAGUUAAUAAUUUACUCCAAUAUCUGAAUAAUUAUUACCUGAGUAAAAAAUCAAUUCAGUUCCCAUAACAUUCGAAUUCUAAAAUAUGAGAUUCUAGAAUGAUUCAUUGCAUUCGAAUCUUUCGGAAGUAAUUUUCAUCAGGACUAGAGUAGAUUGGAAUAAUAAUAAUAAACUAUUUAUGAAUAUACCAAAUAUUGAUAAUAUUAUAAUAUACAAGAUGUGUUAUUAAUUAUAAUGAUAUAUACAAAAAUACUAUGUAACAUUCAGAAACUGAUAUGAUGGAGAAAGAAAUUCUGUAAAACAAAAGUGAAUUAUUAUAUCACACCAGUUUGAUAAUGUAUCAAUUAAUCUCUUCUAAGUUCUGUACAAUCCAGUUGUAAGAUAUAAAUAAAAAUUGUUGAUCUUUUUAUUUCAUGUUCAGAUUAUUGUACAUUUUUAACAUUUCAAAGAUUGAAUAUUUUUUCAGAAUAACAAUCCUUUCCAUGAUGGUCUCAUCCUGGCAACUUUGAAGAGUAGACAACGAAUACCUUUGAAAUAAAUAAUAUGAUAAGAAUUA